AUGGGAGGUGUUCCCCUCGGAAUCAGCCCACCCUGUACACAACCACAUGAGCACACCAGGUCGCAUGGCGCCUACUCUAGUCGGCAUAGCGCUAGCCUCCCAUCGGUUGGCAUGCUUCAAUGCGCGUCUCUAAGAGGCAGCUGGCAGAGUGAGCGUUGGCAACAUUUGUUUGGGUACAAACUACUUUUGCCCAGAAGACAGUUGAGUCGACAAAGCGUUUCUCUCUACUCCGUCAGGGAAUAUAAUCUGGCACUUUACGAUCAUUUGGUGGACUAUCCAGACCAAGUGAUGAGCAAACUGGGUAAAAGAGGGUCGAGCGUUGGAGUCGGUACCACUGAUUAUGCAACUUAUGCAAUUUGCUGCACACAAGCAAUAAAUUAG